GCUCUCGGUGUGGCGUUGGUGCGGCAUUGGGAAAGGCCACCACCACCUCCGCUCCCCUCGCCCCCGGCCUCCACACCUUCCGGCCGCCCGUCAGGAGCCAUGAGCGUCAACAGGCUCCCGCUGCCAAGCGGAGCGUCAACAGCCGAGCUGCAGACAACGGCGUCAGGCGACGGACAGGGACAGCCACAAUCACAGCUACAGCUGCAGCCACAGCCGCUCUCACCCAAGGCGGUGGUGGGCGGGACAGGACGGACAUUCGAGUACGACUCGGCGUUGUGGUCCGAGUCGUCAACGUCAACCGCCUUCCUCGACUCGCACGUCUCGUCGUCGAGCUCUGAGGAGAACGCCGGGCCAUCGGUCAAGUACCUCCGCAUCCGCAGGACGCUCUCGUCAUCGUCGAUGGUCUCUGGCUCGCGAACCCAGGGCCAGGGCUCGACGCUCGACGACUUUGACGAUCUGGACGAUCUGUUCGAGUCGGACGACGUUGCUGACGACUCGGACGGCGACAACUCGCGGACGCUGCUCUCGGCUCCGCUGCACACCUCAUCUGACGACGAUCGCAUCCACCUGGUCCCGUCUGCGGUCUCAGGCUCGGACUCGGGCUCAGACGACUCGAGCUCAGACUCGGGUUCGGGCUCCGAGUCGAGCUCGGGCGCCCGGGCAUACCAGACCGAGGAUCCGGACGAGGCCGAGCCCGAGGCCGAGCCCGCUGCCCCGCAGUCUGUCGCUGAUGACGGACCGGGCGGCGAGGACAUUGCGGGAGCCGCGAGUGUUGUGACCGACACCGCGGCUGCGCCGGAACAAAUCAGCCACGGUCGCGUGUCGCACAAGUCGCUCGACGGCAUGGACCUCGAGGCUAAGAUUGCGUACAUCAACUCGCUCAACAUGGCCAUUAAGAUCCGACCAGAGAAAGUGGCAGAGGCUGCUGCCGCCGCUGCCGCCGCUGCCGCCGCUGCUGCCGCCGCCGAUGCCGCCGACGCUGCCGCCGCCAGCUCGCGUGCCAGCUCCACGAUCAAGGCCAAGACCAAGACGAAGGCCAAGGCCAAGGCCAAGGCCAAGGCCAAGGACAAGGACAAGAGCAAGUCAAAGAGAAAAUCCAAGGGCAAGAGCAAGGGCAAGACCGCGGCGACGACGCCUGCAGCCGAUGACGUCGUGGCGGAUGGAGGUGGCGGCGGCGAUAGCAUCGUGACCCACGCCACCGCGACCAAUGUGCGGCCGAGUGUGCGUGCGCCCAAGGCCAGGACACUGGUGGUGUCGCUGCUCGAUGCCAGCAGCGAGGCGCCAGCGGAGAGUGAGAGUCCGAGGCUCGAGUCGGAGGCGCUGGAGCACCCGCGGGUGAGCGGGUGGCUGGAGAAGCGGCGGUCGCGGACAGCCGAGUCAAGCAGCAAGAAGACUAAGCAUCUCAAGCUGCUCUCGCUUGUGCGCUCGACGUGGCUCUCGGUGUACGCGGUGCUCGAGGCUGGAGUACUCUCGCUCUACACGGCCGAGAACUGCGGUAAGGUACUCGAGGUCGUUCCGCUUGUAGGAGUGCAGAUGGUGAGUCUCGGCGACGGAUCACGGCGCGGGAGCAAGGACGCGCAGGUCCUGGUCGGACCGGGCGGCGUGACAACCGGCACGUUCCAGCUCAUGUUUGGCCCGCACAUUCGCGAGUCGCGGCAGUUCCGCUACACCGACCCAACGCUCUUCCAGUGGGUUCGCUGGUACAUCCAGCAGAGCGAAGCGCGGUUCCUCGAUGCCAUCCGGUCGUCGGGCAUCCGGGUCGUCCGCAUGGGCUGGAUCCGGUGCAUGCACACCCAGCGGCGCGAGGCGGUCCCAGCCAGUGGUGCCACCGGGAGUGGUAGUGCGGGCGGAGGUGGAAGCACGAGCGGGAGUAGCGGAACUGGUGGCCUGGGGGCCGGUGCAGGCUCGGGCGCGGGUGGGAGCGGCGGGCGGCGGCGGUCGCCGCUUGUGCCGCCGAGAUCGGGACGGGCAUCGGGCGAGACGUCGGGAAGCGACGAGGCUUCGGCGGCCGGUCGGUCGCGAUCUGGUCUCGCCGCCGAGGGCCUCGAGGAAGGACCAGGCGUGGUGCCGACUCGCGGCGCGACGCCGCAGGGCCGAUGGGUGUACUGGUACGUCCAGCUCGCUGACCACAAGCUCCGGCUGUUCCGGUCGCAGCCGCAGAGGGUGGCCGUGCUGGCGUCAGACACGCUCCCGCGCGGGGCUGUCGAGUAUCGACUGUUUGGUGGAGCGGUGCGGCCACUGCGGCCGGCUGAGUCAGGCGGCAAGAAGUUCGCCUUUGGCAUGUUUGCCUCCAACGGAGUGAUUGUGCCGAUGCGCGCGACGUCAGCGUCCGGGCUGGCCGGAUGGUGCGACUCACUUCAGUCGCAGAUUACCAACGCGCUCGUCCACAAGCUUGACGCCGUCCACGGCUCGCUUACCUUUCCGUGCACUGAGUUCUAUGCCAAGGGCGACGCGCGGCUCAAGGCGCCGCUCUCGGGCCUCAAGCGGUCGGAAAAGGCCAAGGCUGUGGCCUCGCUCAUCCGCAUCCGCCACGAGCUAGAGCGCAAGUUCUACUACGCGCUCCCGCCGCCAGCCUCCAAGCGCAUGCUCUUCCUCUCCCUCUCGGGCCUCUUCCUCUUCGAGUCGGAGAAGCGCGAGCGCCAGCUCUUCGCCCACUCGUACGAGCAGCUCCGCGUUGUCCGCGUCAUCAACCGCAGGACCAUCGAGUUUGACUUUGGCAAGUUUGGCUCGACCUCUGUCAUCCUCCGCCUCGAACAGUCGAUGCACUCGCUCAAGUUUAUUCUCGCCGACAUUGUCAAGCUCAAGAAGCGCAAGAUGGAAGCCGAGCUCGAGCAGCGCCGCGCUGCCGAGGCUGCGGCGAGCGCGAGCUGAGCCCAUUGCCUUUUUGGCCCCGAGUCGAGCCUGGAGCGCGUAAACCGGCACUCUUGUUCUCA